GAAAGAGGGAAUAAAUAUCCGUGCGGGAAAAGGCCUAAAAUGAGUAAUUCUUUAGGUUCUGUAAUUAAGGCGGUUGGAAGAACGUGGAACCCAUGUCAGAGUGUGGUGAAGAGAGAAACAGGAAGGGAGCACAGACAAAGUGCAGAGCAGUUCCAUCAGAAAUGCUGCUGCUUCACACAACAGAACCCAGGGCAGCUUCACCAAGUACAGGGGCAGUCCUGUGCUCAGGAUGGAAAGCACCUCCUGUCGCGGCCCUUCCCUUAACCACCACAAGGUGGUGCUCAUCUCUUGGUCCUCUUGUGAGCCACAACUCCAGACAAGUUUGGUGGUUUCUCCAUUUGUCCUGCAGAACAGCUUCAGCAGAAGGACCAGCAGAUCCUCCUCUUGCUGGAAGAGAAGGAGAUGAUUUUCCGGGACAUGACUGAGUGCAGCACUCCCUUGCCUGAGGACUGCUCCCCAGUGCACAGCCCAAGAGUACUCUUCCGCUCCAACACAGAGGAGGCUCUCAAAGGAGGACCUCUAAUGAAAAGUGCGAUAAGUGAAGUGGAAAUCCUUCAGGGUUCAGUGAGUGGAAGCCUUGGUGGCACACUUGGACAGUCUAUCAGCAGCCCUGUUGAGCAGGAAGUCAUGGCUGGUCCCAUUUCUUUGCCCCGGAGAGCAGAAACUUUUGGAGGAUUUGACUGUCAUCAGAUGAAUGCUUCCAAGGAGGUGAGAAAGAAGAGGGUGAUGUCGGCCAAGACCUUAGGAGAACAGAGUCAGUCGGAUAGUGGUCUGAAAAAGGGUGGAAAUGCUAACCUGGUAUUUAUGCUUAAAAGAAACAGUGAGGUAAGGAUUCUAUGAGCUACUUAGAAUAUUUAUUGGAUUAAGAAUUUUUUUUUCCUGUUACAACUAUCUUGUGACUAUAAAAUAUAUAACUGAGAGUAUAAUUGUCCAUUCUCUUGUCCAUCCUUAAGCCUCUGUCCUAAUGUUUUUCCAGAGUAUUCUAUACUGUGAAUAAAGAAUUCUCUGAGUCA